AUUGAUAUGAAAAAAAUCAUCUCGUCCAUCACAACCACAGCUGCCCUGUCCCAUGAACCGCCCAGUGUCAUUGCCAUUGCCAUUGCCAUUGCGUCCAGUGUAGCUGGAGCUUCACCUCAUGUCAUUGAUGAUUAUGAUUAUGGAAUUCUCAGUAAGACUCGUACAGAUAUCAUCACAUUGAUGAGGGCUCCCCCCCCCUCCUUCCAGAGCAGCCGGUGAGGAUUGGCCCCACUACAGACAUCAUUG